AUGCUCCAAAGCAUAGCCAACGCUAGGCAACAGCGGCCCCUCUUUGUGCUAUUCCUGGGUCUGUACCUGGUCACUGUGGUGGAGAACCUGCUCAUCGUCCUGGCCAUCAGGACAGACUCCCGCCUCCACUGCCCCAUGUACUUCUUCCUCGCCAACCUGUCUCUGGUAGACAUCGGCUUCUCCUCUAUCACUGUGCCCAGCCUGCUGGGAACGCUCUUCACUAGAACCCAGGAUGUUUCUUACAGUGGCUGCCUGGCCCAGAUGUAUUUCUUCAUUGCCUUUGGAGCCACCGAGAACUUCCUCCUGGCUGUGAUGGCCUAUGAUCUCUACUUGGCCAUCUGCAAUCUGCCGCAUUAUUCGGUGGUCAUGAGCCGUCAGCAUUGUGCCCUGCUGGUGGUUGCCUGCUGGCUGGUAUCUCACCUCCACUCCCUGCUGCACUCCCUCCUGAUGACCCAAAUGACCUUCUGUGCCUCCCAUGAAAUUCCCCUCUACUUCUGUGACGUCUUCCCCCUGCUGAAGAUCUCCUGCUCCGAUCCCCACAUCAACUUCCUUGUGGUGUACACAGAAGGGGCCGCCAUAGUCAACAGUGCCCUUCUGAUGGUCCUGGCCUCCUACGCCCACAUUAUCACCGCAGUUCUGCGGGGGCCCUCGGCCCAUGGGAGGCGCAAGGCCUUCGCUACCUGAAGCUCCCACCUACCUGCAGUAUGGCUCUUCUAUGGCACCGUUGUUUGGGUCUACUUCCAGCCAUCAUCCAGCUUCUCCUCCGAGCGGGUCACCACAGUCACAGUCAUUUACACAAAAAUCACCCCUCUCCUGAACCCCUUUAUCUACAGCCUGCAUAACAGAGACCUACACCAGGCCUUGCCCUCCUGGCUCUGUGCCCUCAGACCCUAUAUCCUUGGCCUUGGUCCCCAGCAUCCUGAGAUCCCAGCUUUAUGUCCCCGGACUGGGCUACAUGGGCUCUGUGCCUCCAAACCAAUCCUUCAGCCCCAGUCUGUGCCCCCGACCCUGCAUACCUCAUCCUGCACCCUCAACCUUGUCAACACUGGCCAAGAAAUGUCCUGGAUGGCUAGGGAUCAAUCUUCUGCAGUGAACACCUUCCAGGCCUCUCUGGACACAGUCCCGGACUUACAGCUCAUUAACAGCUGUAUCAUUAACAGCUCAUAG